AUGAGAAACUUGUAUACUUUCCUGGCAGCCGCCCUCUCUGGGCUGGUACAAGCAACGAAUCUGGCUCCAGCCCCUCACAGGUUGGUCGUACGACAGGAUGUUGACCCUGUGGAGCUUUACCCUGCACAUUACAUUUCUAUGCCGGUGGAUCACUUCCACAACGAGUCCCGAUAUGAGCCACAUUCAAAUAAGACGUUCAAGCUCCGUUACUAUUUUGACGCAACAUACUACAAGCCCGGCGGCCCUGUGAUCGUCUUGCAGAGCGGAGAGGCAGAUGCCAGCACGCGCCUGCCUUACCUCCAGAAAGGAAUUCUUUACCAGCUUGCGUCCGCUCUGAACGGCAUUGGAGUGGUGUUGGAGCAUAGAUACUAUGGAGAGAGCAUCCCCACACCCGAUCUAUCGACCAAGAACCUUCGGUUUUUAUCCACCGACCAAGCCGUAGCUGAUCAAGCAUAUUUUGCCUCACAUGUCGUCUUUCCGGGGCUAGAACAUCUCAACUUGACGGCUCCUGGCACGGCCUAUCUAGCCUACGGCGGUUCGUACUCCGGAGGCAUCGUCGCAUUCCUGCGCAAGUUGUAUCCCGAAAUCUACUGGGGCGCAAUUUCAUCAUCGGGGGUUACCGAAGCCAUUUAUGAUUACUGGCAGUACUACGAACCUGUUCGCGAAUACGGUCCACCUGCAUGUAUCGCAGCACAAACAAAGCUGAUCAACAUCAUGGACAAUAUUCUCGAGAAGAAUGACGCAGAGACCGUCUUCGAACUCAAGAAGGCGUUCGGUUUGCAGAAUCUCACGCACAAUGACGAUCUGGCAAAUAUUGUAUCAAGCGGAAUUGGCUGGUGGCAGUCGAGAAAUUGGGACCCGGCCGUCAACAGUCCCGAAUUCAGCUACUAUUGCGGAAACAUCAGCUCCAACACACUUCUUUGGCCCAGCUAUGCCAGCAUGAAGUCCAACGCUACCGCGCUUAUCAAGGCAGGCGGAUGGGGAAAUGAAAGCGCACAGCUGUUGAAUCCCAUGCUCAAUUGGUUGGCAUGGACUAGCGACAGUUAUGUUGGCUCGUGCGAUGGCACGCUCGACGAAUGCUAUGGCACUCACAACGAAUCAGCGCCCAUGUAUGCCGACAAGAACAUUACUAACUAUAAUGCACUGUCAUGGCCAUAUCAGUACUGUAUGGAAUGGGGCUAUAUUCAGGACGGAGCCAGUGUUCCGGACGACCGACUUCCUCUCAUAUCUCGCCUGCUGACCGUCAAAUAUCUGACGCAAGUUUGCCGCUAUGCCUUUAACAUUACCACGCCUCCGAAUGUCAAUGCCGUCAAUAAAUACGGCGGCUUCAACAUCUCGUACCCGAGACUUGCGACCAUAGGAGGUCAAGCCGACCCCUGGCGGCCCGCGACCGCGUUAGCGACAUUGGCUAAGCCUGAUGUUCUCAAUCACACAAGUACGCCAAGUGAGCCGGUCAUUUUGAUUCAAGGUGCCGUGCAUCACUGGGAUGAAAACGGUUUGUUUCCAAAUGAGACAACAGCAAGCCUGCCUCCGGCUCCAGUCGCCAAUGCGCAAAAGCAAAUCGUCCAGGCGGCCCAAGGAUGGAUGGCAGAGUGGAACGCAACCCGUCUCUAG